UUUGUUCAUUCUCCAGUUCAGUUUCCUGUCGUAGCUCUUCUCCUCCACCACCACCUCCACCUCCUCCACCAUAUUUGAAACAUGCUUCCUUUUUCCUCAACGACAUUAUUUUCUUGUUGCUACUUUGAUCCUCCUUCUCCUCCUCCACCACGACCACCACCACCGUCACUUUCACCAUAUUUCGAAGCUGUUCAUUUAUUCCUCUUGCUCCUAAUUUUUCCUCCUUGUUUUUUUUCUCCUCCACCUCCUCCACCUCCUCCACCUCCUCCACCUCCUCCACCUCAUUUCCAAGAUGCUGCUUUUUUCCUCCAACCUUAUUUUGUGGUUGCUGUUUUGAUCCUCCUCCACCUCCUUCUCGACCUCCUCCACCUUUUUUGUGGUUUCUUUUUUUUCCCUUUUCCUACUUCGCUAUUCAUUGUCAACAAUUUUUUCCUUGUCCUCCUCAUCCUUCUCUGUCUAAUGUCCUGUCCUGCUUCCUGCUUUUUUCCUCCUCCUCCUCCACCUUAUUUCCCGAUUGCUGAUUUUUCCCUCUCCAUCCGUGUCAUUUUCUUUUUUGUCUGUUUUUUUCCUCAAGCUCCUUCUCCUCGUCCUUCUUGUCAUGUCAUGGUUGCUGCUUUUUUCCUCCUCCUCCACGACCUCCACCUGCACCUUACCCUGCUUGUUUUGUUUGCGCUGCUUCUUACCUGCUCCUUGUCCUCCCCUUUUGUUCCUUCUCCAGCUCACUUUCCUGUCGUAGCUCUUCUUCUCCACCACCGCCUCCACCUCCUCCACCAUAUUUCAAACAUGCUUCCUUUUUCCUCAACGACAUUAUUUUCUUGUUGCUACUUUGAUCCACCUUCUCCUUCUCUACCACCAACACCACCGUCACCUCCACCAUAUUUCGAAGACGUUCAUUUAUUCCUCUUGCUCCUAAUUUUUCCUCCCUGUUAUUUCCUCCCUGUUUUUACCUCCACCAACCUCCACCAACCUCCACCAUAUUUCCAAGAUGCUGCUUUUUUCUUCCAACCUUAUUUUGUGGUUGCUGUUUUUAUCCUCCUCCUUCUCCUUCUCCACCACCUCCACCUCGACUUCCUCCACCUUAUUUGUAGUUUCUUUUUUUUCCUUUUCCUACUUCGCUAUUCAUUGUCAACAGUUUUUUCCUUUUCCUCCUCAUCCUUCUCUGUCUUAUGUCAUGUCGUGCUUCCUGCUUUUUUCCUCCUCCUCCUCCACCUCAUUUCCCAAUUGCUGAUUUUUUUCCCUUUUCAUCCGUGUCAUUUACUUUUUUGUCUCUGUUUUUUUCCUCCUGUUCCUUCUCCUCGUCUUUCUUAUCAUGUCAUGGUUGCAGAUACUAUUAUCCUUUUCCAUCACCACGUCCACCAUAUUUCGAAGACGUUGGUUUAUUUUUCUUGCUCCUAAUUUUUUGUCGCUGUUUUUCUCUCCUCCUCCACCAUUUUUCGAAGACAUUGGUUUUUUCCUUUUGCUUCGAAUUUUUUGCCUCGGCCCCCUCCUCCUCGGCCUCUUCUACCUCAUUGCAUCACUGCUGCUUUUUCCGUCUCCCUCCUUGUCAUUUUGUGGUCACUGCUUUUUUUGCUUUCCCUCCUCCUCUACCUCCAGCUGCAUCUUACCCUCCUUAUUUUGUCAUUGCCUCUUUUUUCCGUCUCGACCUCCUCUUCAUUUCAUCGUCCCUUCUUUUGUUGUCCUCCUCUUCCUCCUCCCCCUUUGUGUUCCAUCAUCCCUGUUCCUUUCCUUCUCCUCCUCUACCUCCUGCUCCAUCUUUUCCUUUCCCUAUCGCUUCUCUGCUCCCCUUGUUUCUCCUUUUCCUCCUUUUUGUUUUUCAUGGCUUUUUCCUCCUCUCCUUCCGUUACUUUUUCUCCCUUUCUCCUCCUUCUCCUCCUCUUUUCCUAAUUUCCUCUACCUCCCUAUAACCCUCCUCAUCUGUUGUCUCCUUCCCUCGUUUUUGUCACUUACCUUUUCCUCCUCGUCCCCUCUCUCCUCCUCUUACCCUCAUUGCUGUUCUCCUCACCGUUCUCCUUCCUGGCCCGUUGUUGUCGCUCUGCUCCUCCUCUUUUUAUCCUGGCCACCUUGAUUCUUCUUCUCCAAAAAAGCCAAAAAAUUUUUAAGGCUUAGGGUUUUGUUUUCCACUACAAGCUUUUGUCAGGUGGCAAUAUCCUGCGAGGCUGGUGACAUGCCCUUAAGCUAGGAUGGAAGAAUAAAUCAAGGGGCGGGUAGGAUUUGUGUCUUGUUAGCAGGAACAAGAAGGUGAUACGAUCUUCUACGAUCUGCUCAUGCCUCUUGCUAAUCAAGAGGUAGAAGAGAAGAAAUACAGCAGCAAGUGUGUCUUUGGGGUUCCCGUAGCUCUUCAGAAGUGGGGUGUAAUAAUCUAUGGAGUGAUGAUGUGUAAAUGCCAGCAGUCUUUGUUGGGAAGCUGUCAGUUGGAGUUUUCUGUAUGUAGGCUGGAAGAACUGUAAAGCGAUGGAAGCUUUGCAAGUGGUGAAAGUUUAGGAAGAGAAUGCUUUGAGAGUUGAGUUGUUCUGUCUCCGUUUUCUUAAAUCUUCAGCUGUUUUUGAUCUUUGUUUCACCAAAAGGCAAAGCAGAGAGCAGUUUGUUCCACAUAAGCGCUUAGAGAAUUGCGCAUACCAUUUCUUUUGGGAUUAAGUAGUCAGUUUUACCUAAUGGAGCGUUGUUUUCCAUGUAUGCCAUCUCCAUAUGCAGCUCCCAGAUCAGCACCUGGCAGGCACAAACUGCUCCUUUUUAGAUUGUAGGCGGUCUGCCCCAUGUCUUGGCUUAGGUGGUGCUUUCUUUGGUCUUGCAUUAAUGUUAUCGUUGUUUCAGUACGAAAAUAGUGUGAAGCCCAGGAAGAGGUCACGUAUUGAGCUGCAUCAAUUGGUCGUGCUCAGUGUCUGGUGUUAGUAGGACUGCUGAGAUGAAGGAGCUGUCUAGAGGUGAUGCUCAGAAGCCUUCUGUUUGUCUUGUUUGAGAGAGCUGAAGUGAAGGUCUUCUUUUACUGCUUGGAAAUUCCCGAGGGGAAAAAGAAGCAAAAGCAAAGCAGAUGCUGUUUGUAUGUGAAAUGCUGUGAUUUGGAGCAGAGAGUCUUUGUUGUGCACCAGCAAGGGAGCGUGUGACUGUCUGGUGACAAGUGGCAGCCAAACAGGGAGCCAGAAGGCCGAGCGGUCUGGAAAGGGCUGGAAGAAGCCCUCUGGAGUGGGGGCUGAAAGAAGCCCCUGUUGAGAGAUGGCAGAGAGAAGCCCUAUGGGGAGAGGUUUUGUGUAAAGAAGCAGGAUGUUGGGUGUUAGAGACUGUCUCUUCCCCUUUGUCUCCAAGCUUGCUGUUGGCCAAUUUCCGCAGCUAGGCGAGUCCAAGAAAUCUUUUGUGUGAAGGCUUGUUUAGGAUGGAAACCUUUGAUGUGUUUGAUAAAGCGGAGACGUGUUCAGUGUUAAAUUUCUCACCCUGGCAGCGUUUCUUGUCCGCGGCUCUUUGCCCAGGCCCUGAAACUCGUCCUUCCGCAGGAGCAGGAUGCAGUGCAAUGGCAGCUGUUAUGGCGGGGGGGUGGGGGUUGGAAUGGAAUGUUCACAAUGGUCACAAUGGUGACCGUGCUGUGUCACAGCAGCAGGGACCGUUUGCUGUCAGAAUGGAGCAGUGACUGAGCCGCGUACUUAAUGUGCAUAAUGAGGGGGUUGUGCUAAGGAAAGUCACAUCAGGAAGCGUGGUCCAAGACAGUGACGCUGCCUAAACCAGCGGGCAGAAAGAUUGGUCCGGUUUGCCCGGGGAAGACUUGGUUCAUGAAUGGCUUCAUAGGUUGCACUGCUAUAGGAAAUCUUCUUUGAAAGACCUUCUCCUCGGAGCUGAUGUUCCGUUGUGAAAGUGCACUGCAGUGCACUGUUGUGUAGCCAUGGCUGCUGGCGGAGCUUUUGGGUUAGGCAUCCGUUGCCCUUUUGCUGAAGGUAACGCUGGUGCUUGGGGCCUUUGCCUCCCAGGAAGUGUAGGAAGACACACAGAAGAUGAUGUCCUUGAAGGAACGGGGAUUGUUGUGGCUAAGAGGGGUGUCAGGGGAGAGCUUAUCCCUUUCUACAAGUCCCUUAAAGGGAGGUUGUAGCAAGGUGGGGCUCAGCCUCUUCUCUUAGAUAGCAGCUGUAGGACGAAAGGGAAUGGGCUGCGGUUGCACGAGAGAAGGUUCAGUUGGAUAUUAGGAAAGAAAAAACCUGUCAGAAAGAGUGGUGAGGCACAGGAACAGGGAAGUGCUGGAGUCACCACCAUUCCUGGAGGCGUUGAAGAAGCAGGUAGCUGUGGUACUGAGGAACGUGGCUUACUGGCCGUGCUGGUGAUGAGUUGAACUAGAUAAUCGGAGUGUUCUUUUGCAGCCUGACUGAUCCCAUCCUGUCCUUUUGUCCGCGUAACAGCAUGCAGCUGAAUGAGUUUUGCGUGCUCUGCUUUUAGAGGAAGUUGCUGUUGCUGGUUGCAUUGACUCCAGGCGAUGGCAGUAAAGGACCUUUGCUCUUUGAGCAGGUAGUGUGAAGUGCAGAAAGCUGUCAGACUCGUGCUCCACCUCCAAAGGAAGUCAUUCCUGUCUGUUCUUCCUAGCAGCUCAUCAAGACACGCACGGUGAGAUGGAAAAGCAACAUGGCUUGGAUUGGAGGGUUUUUUCCCUUUGUUAUCAAUAAAUAAUAAAUAUGGUCUGUGUUUUUCGUUUGCCCCUGUGUGGGUCUUUCCCACUGCGUAUUCUGUUAUAAUCUUUUCAUAUGCAUAAACACUGCAAUGGCAUCGUGUCUAUUUUUGGACCUGAGGUAUUUGAGCCUGCCCCUGGUUGUGCAGCAUAGGUGUGUGAGCAGAGCGAGGGUAUGGUAACAGAGCUGGGCCUUGUCAUUCAGGCAGAUGGUUAACAUAGCAAUGUUAGGUCAGCAACAGUUUCAAAAUGGAAAGCCUUGCAGCGAGCCUGGAAUAUCCGUGCUGGAACUGGAACAAAUGAGCCAUUCACAAGGAAUGUUUUAUCGAUGGUCCGAAGGAAAGGAAGGAGAGAGAACCCGAGCAGAAAGUCCUUACAGUUCAAUGCAGUGUGGCCUUGACGCUUCCUUUGGUGAGGCUGUUUUUAAGUAGCGUGGGGCAAGAUGGCAAUGCUUGUGACGUAGCUGUUAUCAAAUGAGGCACAGCGAUGCCUGUUAACAGGGACCGUGUUUCACCCGUGGUUUUUGUUAGGCUGGGCAGUGCAUUCCCUGUCAGUGGGUGAAUGAAUCCACUAUUUUCCUGGCAAGGAAUGGGAGGGUGGGGGCAUCUGCUGCAAUGGUUGUGGUAGAGCAGCUUCAGGGAAGGUGAGUUCUGUCCAUCCCGAGCUGUAUGCAGCAGAAAGGCUGGUAGUGCUGUAACGACAGCAAUCUUAGCUUCAGAAUGAGAGUGGUAUGAAAGUAUUACUUGGAGAUUUCUAGCUCACACUGAGAAUGAGUUUUGAAGCCAAUUUCUUGAUAGUCUCCUUUUAGCGUCCUUGGAUUUUCAUCCUUUUGCAGAACGUGAACUGGAAUGAUUGUAGCUAGCUGAAGUAGACAGCGAGUUCCAGGAGUGCAUGGAAUGCGCUUCAGUAACAGCAGAGUGGGCAUAUAGUUAGCAAUAAAGGGUGGAACCCCUGGAAGGUCUUCAGUGUGAAUGGCAGGUCCUCCUGAGCACCAGGUUUGUUUUGUUUUUUCCUUCUGAUGGAUCUUCUGUUGGGCAGCUCUGCUUGCUCAUGCAGACCUGGCUUGUAUUGUGGCAACAGGAAUGUUCACACAAGGCGUAUGUCAGUGGCUGCCCUAUGUGUGCGUCCAGCUCAGUUCAGAGGGCAAGUUUACAUUGCUGUGGUAGCAAUGUCUGAUGUAACAGAGUGUGCAAACUAAAUGCACGCUGCUGCUUUUCUUUGUUACUUUGACUUCAGACAAGGGGUGAUGAGAAGGAAGGUGAAGGUUGGUACUGGGAAGACGGUGGAACUUGUUGGGAAGACCUUUGCUGCUUCGUGAUCCGUAUUCAUCUCCUGGUACCUUAUUAGUUCUUGUGCAUGUGCUCUGUGAGCCUUGGCCACAAAUGUGUGCCGGAGAUAGAGCAACCUGAGCAGCGAUGCAGUCAGUGCAGCAGCUGUGAGUUGAUGUCUGCAAGGUCCCUCAGGAAGUUAGGAUAACCCUGACCAGGAGGGCAGCGGUCAGAUUAACAGGAGCAAUCGUGGAUCCUUGUGCUGCAUCUUUCCAGUCACUGUGAGUUUUGAAGUGGCCAUGUCAGGUAUUCCAGGUGUGACAUUUCUGCCUGCAGUGAACAACUUGAUUGUUCUCUUUCUGGAACUACAGACUUGCUGCGCUGUGUGGCAAACCUCAAAGGAGGGAAGUGCUAACCUCGUGCUAGUUAAUUUCCUUGGGCUGUGACGUGUUCUUUGUAAGAGUCCCCUUUUUGCAUAAGGAUUCACUGAGGAUACAGCCCGUGUCCCUGUUUUGCGUACAUACUUACAUUUAAAAAAGGAAGAAAAAAAAAAAAAAAAAAGGAGA